GAGCCUGGCAUCCCGGCGAAGCCUUUCUUUUUCCCCGGCCGCCGGUUCCCUCAUGGACGACAGCCGGCUUUGCAGCGGCCCCGACGGGCCCCAGCCCCUUUGGGACUGGAACGUAACCUGGUAUACGGAUCGGCCGGACUUCACCAAGUGCUUUCAGAACACCAUCCUGGUCUGGAUCCCCUGCGUUUACCUCUGGGCCUGCUUCCCGGUCUACUUCGUGUACCUCCGGCGCCAUGACAGGGGAUACAUCCAAAUGUCACCUCUCAACAAAGCCAAAACAGCCUUGGGUCUCUUCCUUUGGAUCGUCUGCUGGGCAGACCUUUUCUACUCUUUCUGGGAAAGAAAUCGUGGUCUUUUGCAAGCUCCCGUUUAUUUAGUCAGCCCCACAAUCCUGGGCAUAACCAUGCUCCUUGCCACGUUUUUGAUACAAUACGAGAGGAUGAAAGGAGCCCAGUCUUCAGGGAUAAUGCUGAUUUUCUGGCUUAUUGCUCUCCUGUGCGCUACCGUGACUUUCAGAUCAAAGAUUUUGCACGCCUCGAAUACGGUUGCCGGAGUCGACGUUUUCCGCUAUAUCACCUUCUACAUCUACUUCGCUUUGGUGCUGACUGAGCUUAUAUUGUCCUGUUUCCCCGAACGCCCGCCUUUGUUUUCGGAGACUGUGCACGACCCAAACCCCUGCCCAGAGUCCAGUGCGUCUUUCCUGUCCAAGAUCACGUUCUGGUGGAUAACUGGGUUGAUGGUCCAGGGCUAUCGACAGCCAUUAGAAGCCAAAGAUUUGUGGUCUUUAAACAAGGAGGAUAUGUCAGAAGAAGUGGUGCCAGUUUUGGCUAGGAACUGGGCAAAGGAGUACGAAAAGACAAAAAGGAUGCUGGCUCCCAUGUUGUACUCGCCCAAGAAGCCAGCCAAGUCGAGCAGCUCAAACGGAGACGUGACGGAGGAGGCUGAAGCUCUGAUCAUCAAGCCUGCUCCGAAGGAAAGGGAACCCUCGCUCUUCAAGGUGUUGUACAAGACCUUUGGGCCCUAUUUCCUCAUGAGCUUCCUCUUCAAGGCCUUUCAUGACCUGAUGAUGUUUACCGGGCCCGAAAUCCUAAAGUUGCUGAUUAACUUUGUCAAUGACAAAAAAGCCCCCAACUGGCAAGGCUACCUCUACACAGCCCUCCUCUUCGUCUCAGCUGGGCUGCAGACUCUGGUCCUCCACCAGUAUUUCCACAUCUGUUUUGUGACGGGAAUGAGGCUGAAAACGGCUGUGAUUGGAGCUGUUUAUCGAAAGGCUUUAGUCAUCACCACUUCAGCCAGGAAGACUUCCACUGUUGGAGAGAUUGUCAAUCUGAUGUCAGUGGAUGCCCAGAGGUUCAUGGACUUGGCUACUUACAUCAACAUGGUCUGGUCUGCGCCUCUUCAAGUCAUCCUGGCUUUGUAUCUGCUGUGGCAGAAUUUAGGCCCCUCGGUGUUGGCAGGUGUAGCCGUCAUGUUGCUUCUGGUCCCGGUGAAUGCUGUGAUAGCCAUGAAAACCAAAACCUAUCAGGUUGCUCACAUGAAGAGCAAAGACGACAGGAUUAAGCUGAUGAAUGAAAUUCUCAACGGGAUCAAAGUGCUAAAACUUUACGCCUGGGAAUUAGCUUUCAAAGAGAAAGUCCUGGGGAUCAGACAAGAGGAGCUCAAGGUGCUGAAGAAGUCGGCGUACCUGGCUGCCAUUGGCACCUUCACCUGGGUCUGUGCCCCGUUCCUGGUGGCUCUGUCAACGUUUGCUGUCUAUGUGACAGUUUCUGAGAAGAACGUCCUGGACGCUCAGAAGGCGUUUGUGUCUCUGGCCUUGUUUAAUAUCCUCCGGUUCCCUCUGAACAUCCUUCCCAUGGUCAUCAGCAGCAUUGUGCAAGCAAGUGUGUCCCUGAAGCGCCUCCGAGUCUUUCUGUCCCACGAAGAGUUGGAUCCAGACAGCAUUGUCAGAGGAUCCAUCAAAGACUCGGAUGGCAACAGCAUAAUUGUGAAAAACGCCACCUUCGGCUGGUCAAGAAGCGAUCUUCCAUGCCUGAAUAACAUUAAUUUUGUGGUCCCAGAGCAUCGCUUGGUCGCAGUUGUCGGUCAGGUCGGUUGUGGGAAGUCCUCCUUGUUGUCUGCGCUUCUGGGUGAAAUGGAGAAACGAGAAGGACAUGUCUCCCUCAAGGGAUCUGUUGCCUACGUCCCUCAACAAGCCUGGAUCCAGAAUGCAACUCUGAAGGAGAAUAUCCUAUUUGGGAGGGAAGCCAAGGAGAGCCAGUAUCAGCGUGUGAUCGAGGCCUGUGCCCUUCUGCCGGACUUGGAGAUUUUCCCUUCGGGAGACCAGACAGAAAUUGGAGAAAAGGGUGUCAACCUCUCUGGAGGGCAAAAGCAAAGGGUCAGCCUCGCCCGCGCCGUCUACUCAGACGCUGACGUUUACUUGCUGGACGACCCCUUGUCGGCUGUCGACGCUCACGUUGGGAGGCACAUCUUCGAGAAAGUUAUCGGACCGAAGGGAAUACUAAAAAAGAAAACCCGGGUCCUAGUGACCCACGGGGUCAGUUACUUGCCCGUGAUGGACACCAUCAUCGUGAUGACAGAAGGCAAAAUCUCGGAGAUGGGGUCCUACCAGGAGCUGCUGAAGCAAGACGGGGCUUUUGCGGAGUUCCUGCGCACUUACGCCGGCACAGAGCAGAACAUGGAGAGCGAAGCCCCAGGGAAAGGAGAAGAAGAUACAAACAGCCCCGUUGCAAAGGAAGAGAAGCACUUUGAAAAUGGAGUUCUUGCAAACGACGCCUCAGGAAAACCAAUGUUAAGGCAGCUCAGCAACUCUUCCACAUACAGCACUGAAACAGGGAAGACUCUGCAGCAAAACAGCACAGCCGAACUUCACAAGACACCAGCCGAAAAGGGUGCAUGGAAACUCACGGAAGCAGAUACGGCCAAAACUGGGAAGGUGAAGCCAACCGUCUACUGGGAGUACAUGAAAGCCAUUGGCCUCUCCCUCGCCUUCCUCAGCCUCUUCCUCUUCCUCUGCAACCAUGUGGCCUCCUUGGCUUCGAACUACUGGCUCAGCCUUUGGACGGACGACCCCAUUGUCAACGGGACGCAGCAACACACGGACCUCCGGCUGGGCGUCUACGGGGCGCUGGGCAUGUCUCAAGGCAUCGCCGUCUUCGGCUACUCCAUGGCAGUGUCGAUUGGGGGGAUCUUCGCUUCCCGCCGCCUCCACAUUGACCUGCUCCACAAUGUCCUCCGGUGCCCCAUGAGCUUUUUUGAGCGGACACCCAGCGGGAACCUGGUCAACCGCUUCUCCAAAGAGAUGGACACCAUUGACUCCAUGAUCCCCCAGAUAAUCAAGAUGUUCAUGGGCUCCAUGUUCAACGUCAUUGGCGCGUGCAUCAUCAUCCUCUUGGCCACGCCAGUGGCUGCUGUGGUCAUCCCUCCCUUGGGCCUUGUCUACUUCUUUGUCCAGCGCUUCUAUGUGGCCACAUCCCGCCAGCUGAAGCGCCUCGAGUCGGUCAGCCGCUCCCCAGUUUACUCUCACUUCAACGAGACGCUUUUGGGGGUCAGCGUCAUCCGAGCCUUUGAAGAGCAGAAGCGGUUUAUUCAGCAGAGUGACCUGAAGGUGGACGAAAACCAGAAGGCUUAUUACCCAAGCAUUGUGGCCAACAGGUGGCUGGCGAUCCGGCUGGAAUAUGUGGGAAACUGCAUCGUCCUCUUUGCGGCCCUGUUUGCCGUAAUCGCGCGCCACAGCCUCAGCCCCGGUCUGGUGGGACUCUCCAUCUCCUACUCGCUCCAGAUCACCACCUAUUUGAACUGGUUGGUCCGAAUGUCAUCCGAGAUGGAAACGAACAUCGUGGCUGUGGAAAGAGUCAAGGAAUACUCUGAGAAAGAGAAGGAGGCAGAAUGGACGCUUAAACAGGCGGCUCCUCCGGGCAACUGGCCUCAGGAAGGCAAAGUGGAGUUUCGGGGCUACAGCCUUCGCUACAGAGAUGACAUGGACCUGGUGCUGAGGAACAUUGACAUCACAAUAAACGGAGGGGAAAAGGUGGGCAUCGUUGGCAGGACAGGCGCAGGGAAGUCGUCCCUCACUCUCGGCCUGUUUCGGAUCAAUGAGGCGGCCAGAGGGGAGAUCCUCAUUGACGGAAUCAACAUUGCUAAAAUUGGCCUCCACGACCUUCGCUUCAAGGUUACGAUUAUCCCCCAGGACCCGGUCUUGUUCUCUGGCUCCCUGCGGAUGAACCUGGACCCUUUCGACCAGUACUCCGACGAAGACGUCUGGAAGUCUCUGGAACUGGCUCACUUGAAAAACUUCGUUUCCACGCUCCCUGAAAAACUCAACCACGAAUGCUCUGAAGGUGGAGAGAACCUCAGCGUUGGGCAGCGUCAGCUCGUGUGCCUGGCUCGCGCUUUGCUCCGCAAGUCCAAAAUCCUGGUCUUGGAUGAAGCCACGGCCGCCGUGGACCUCGAGACGGACAACCUCAUCCAGUCCACCAUCCGGACGCAAUUUGACGGCUGCACUGUCCUGACGAUAGCCCACCGCCUAAACACCAUCAUGGACUAUACACGGGUGAUAGUUCUCGAUAAAGGCGAAAUCGUGGAGUGUGGCGCUCCAGCCGACCUCAUCCAGAAGAAAGGCGUUUUCUUCAGCAUGGCCAAAGACUCCGGCUUGGUUUGAUGCAGGGCUUGGCGCAGACUCUCGCCGUGGGGCAAAACGCAGAAACUGACCAGGACAGGACAGCGUCCAGAACUCCCUUUCGGUGGCGACUCAAGCCAAACAAUUCCACGCACGAAGUAGAUUUUGCGCCGUGACAAAGAAAGCACAUCUUCCUCCCUCCCUCCCUUCCUCCCUCUCCUCCCCAUCCAUUUAAGGACUGUUUUGCAAGCGUAAGGUAGCGAAGGGGUAAGUGAUGUAUUAUUGCUCCCCUCCAACCAAAGGCUAAAACACUUUAGCUUUUAUCUAGGGCUCCAAAGUCGUGUGCAAGCAGUGAAACCAAACUAUAUUCCCCAUCUACUGAGGGGCAAAAAAGGCUUUAAAGGCCUGAUAUCCCAUUGAAAACCCAAGCCUUUCGCUGGGAGGGACCUCAGGGUCAGAGAGGAGCAAGUCGGUCCAAAGCUUUCCAUCCCAGGAGCAAAGCUGGAGCCAGGGCCAUCGGGACAACUCAGCUCCCAAGAUACAAACUGUUGUCUUUAGCCAAAAAGAGUGGCAACUGAGCCCCUUUGCCUUGGCGAUGGAGGAAAAAGCAAAGAGAAGGAGGCAGAAGAUGCAGAUUGUUGGGAUGGUUGGUUUCCAUCAGGUUGCUAAAAUCACUGUUAAGAAGCUUUAGCGGAUAGCAUGGCUACAAAGAUAGAGGCCAAAGACACCAGCCCCCAGCCAUUGGCAAAGCACUUUCAUUGUUUCUCCUUUGGCCUCAUGGUUUCCACCUCCUGAGGUCUUUUUCAGUUCCCCGGCUUCCCUUCUUCCUUCCAUGUUCUGUAUUUUUGCUUGGGAGAGAAGCGCAACACGCGCCUUCCUUGCGUUUUCUCUGCAGUCUUUCCUUUUGCCGAAGGAAGAAACCAAAUGGUCAGUGGAUGGAGACGGUGCCCGGAGGCUGGGAUUGUGGACUUGGAAUUCUGUUGCCGACAAAAACUAGGAUAUGUGUCUUUUCUUUAGAAUAAAGUUAUUUAUUUUA